UCUAUUCUUAUAUCUCGCCCGCGCUGGCAGGUCAGAUCUGAUCAGAGUCCAAUGGGAGGAGGGAGGAACAGAAAGAGCGCGUUUAGAGACAGGAAGCUGCUCAGUGGUUUGUGUGGUGCGCACCUCCCUCUCCAUAGCGCAAAGAGCCUCCUCUCGGUUUACGGAGACUGCUUGCAAUUCCUGCUCUUCAUGCCAGAGCCUGCAGCUGUCUCUGUUGUGUCCCACUGCCGUUGUUGUGUGAAUUCGUCGCACCGCAUGACGACAGACUUUUCCCCCCUUGAAGUGUCAUAUCGCAACUUUUAAACAAUUUCCAAUAGUGUUUGGAGACUGAAUGAAGACACCUGGAAGCUCGUAACGCUCCAUCCGCGUGUUUACUGAAAUCUUGCAACUGUGAAGGCUAUAGGAAUGUGGAAUACAAGUCUAUCUCAGCGUAAAAGGACCUGCCUCUGCCCCUGACACCAUGACCACAGACCUGAACUUGACCUCCCUGCUGAAUGUAACAGAUCUCCACAAUCAAACGAGAGGAUGUUCCCUCACCAGGACAGGUUUCCAGUUCUACUACUUGCCCACCGUUUACAUCAUGGUCUUCAUCACAGGGCUGGUGGGCAACAGCCUGGCCAUUUGGAUGUUUGUGUGCCAUAUGAGACCCUGGAGCAGCAUCUCUGUCUACAUGUUCAACCUGGCUCUGGCUGACUUCUGCUAUGUCCUCUCGCUGCCCUUCCUCAUCUUCUACUACUUCAACAAAACAGACUGGAUAUUCGGGGACGUUCUGUGCCGACUGCAACGUUUUAUAUUCCACGUGAAUCUUUACGGGAGUAUUCUGUUUCUGACCUGCAUCAGCGUUCACAGGUACACCGGGGUUGUGCACCCACUCAAAUCUCUGGGCCGACUGAAGAAGAAAAAUGCAGUUAUUACCAGUGCGUUGGUGUGGGUGGUGGUUGUUAUAGGUAUUUCCCCCAUCCUUUAUUAUUCCAGGACCGGCUUAAAGCGUAAUGCAACCAUUUGUUAUGACACCACCACUGAGGAUGAGUUACCGGGUUAUUUUAUCUACAGCAUGACUUUGACUGUGUUUGGGUUCUGCAUCCCCUUUAUUAUCAUAUUUUGUUGCUAUGGCAUGAUCGUCAAAGCAUUAAUCUGCAAUGACAUGAACAACGCGCCCCUGCGGCAGAAAUCUAUCCACCUGGUUAUCAUCGUGCUCGCGGUCUUCGCCGUCUCCUACCUGCCUUUCCACGUGAUGAAGAACCUCAACAUGAGGGCCAGGCUGUACUUCCAGAGCCCCAACAUGUGCGAUUUUAAUAACCGUGUCUACGCCACCUACCAGGUGACACGAGGGCUGGCCAGCCUCAAUAGCUGUGUGGAUCCUAUUCUUUACUUCCUGGCUGGAGAUACCUUCAGGAGGAAGCUGUCACGGGCCACUAAAAAACCCUCUAGGAAGGGGGACAAUGUCCUUCAGUCCAAGAGCGAGGAGACAGCUCUCAACAGCCUGGCGGAGUAUGUGGAGAAUGGGGACCGGAGGCUGUGACAAGGCACCUCUGUGUGCCUAGUCAUGGGUGUGGAUCUCUAUUAGCUUUGGAAACCAAGAUGGACUUUGUAUCGAAUAAAUAAAUGGACUGUGAAAAGCCUCUGUGUAAAAUUGAAUGGACGACGGUUUAUAGAACUUUAGGAUAAAUACUCCAUAUUUAACCCUGUGACAACCAUCGCUCGCUUGCAGCCUGUCGAUGUUGUACUGUAUUGUCCUGUACAUGUAUUGUACUCUAAAUGUUAGAGCCACCACCCUUCAUUCUUAGUAGUAAAAGUUACUUACACCUUGGACAAAGUGAACAUUAUGACCAGGCAAGCUGGGGGAAAUAGGUUUCUCUACAAGCUAUAAUGUCCUGUUCAUCAAUUUGUUCUGGAAAAAAUAGGACAGAGAAUGGAUAGCACCUUCUCUAGUCACUGAGCUGAUGCUUAAUCAAUAGCUAUUAAGCAGGUAAGACCUUGUGGUUAAGGAAGUGUACCUGGGAUGGCUUUUAGAGGAAAAGGUAAAUGCACUGAACCGGAGAUUGCUGGCUAUGCCAUGCAGACAUUGAAAUGCACUAUGACCGGGGGACUCUCUGCUCAGAGGGCUACCUAUCACUCAUUUCUUUCUCCAUCUAUUACUGACUGGCCGAGGAAUGUGGUCAGCUAGUUUUUCAUUUUGACAGCUCUGAGGUUGAGGUUUGCAACGGCUCUCUCUCUCCUUGUUAUCCUGUUCCGUACAGAAAAAAAGAGAAGAUAAUACUUACAGUAUUUUUUGUGUAUAUGAUACUCCAAUGAAUGUUUUUUUGAGGUGUGCUGUACAGGAUGUUGUGACGUUCCGGAUUAGUUUGUGUUAACUGUUUUUGUUCAAGUCAGUAUCUCUAAUCCAGACCUUUAGUGCAUGAGUCCAGUAUCAAAUACCUUCAGUGACACACUCACAUAACCACAGUGGGUUCUAAGUGUUUAUUGCAACAUAGGGAAUAAAUAAUAGCUUUUAAAUGAGCUUCUGCUCACACACACUCAUUCACCUGCUUUGUGACUCCAUCAACAUAUUGAAGACUUGUUUGUAUGAGAUACCUCAAAGUAAAUACUGCACUGUGUCCGUGUUUUGACAUAUAAUCAUUUCUCUUGUAUCUGUUGUAAUCACUCUAGAGAAAUGAUUGUGGAGCUCUCUCGGUAUAAAUUUUACCCUGGAGUACGUAGAUGUUUGAUGUCUGUACUAAUACCUGUAAAUCUGUAAUGUGGUCAGCUAUUGUUAAAAAAGAAAGUGAAUCACCUGUACAUAGGAGGAUAUUUGGGGCCACGUGUGUCUUUGUCAAUAAAUUUUUAUAUUUAAAACAUG